CUGGCGGGCUCCCCGGGUGGCAGACGCUGCCACUGCACAUACCUGGUCCCCGUGCCGCCUGCUCCCUGCGCGUCUUCCCCUCCCCAUCCUCCCCGCCUGCCAUGGACAGGCUGCUCGAGAGCCGGGCCCACUGGGACAAGGACGAGGAAAACAUCUCCGAAAUCAGCGAGAAUGUGUCGGGCGAGUACUUCAGGUACAAGGGCAUCCCCUUCCCAGUCGGCAUCUACUCACCCGAGAGCAUCAGCAUCGCCGAGAACGCUGACGUGGAAGACGACGACAUCUUCAUCAUCACCUACCCCAAGUCAGGCACCAACUGGAUGAUCGAGAUCCUCAGCUUGAUCCUAAGGGACGGGGACCCCUCCUGGACCCGCUCAGUGCCCAUCUGGAGGCGGGCGCCCUGGUGUGAGACCAUCUUGAGCGCCUUCAGCCUCUCAGACCUGUCCAGCCCCCGCCUCAUGAGUUCCCACCUCCCCAUCCAGCUCUUCACCAAGGCUUUCUUCAACUCCAAGGCCAAGGUGAUCUACAUGAGCCGGGACCCCCGGGACGUGGUAGUCUCUCUCUAUCAUUACUCCAAGAUUGCUGGGCAGUUGAAGGACCCUGGCACACCUGACCAGUUUCUGCAGAACUUCCUCCAGGGCGAAGUGCAGUUCGGCUCCUGGUUCGACCAUAUUAAGGGCUGGAUUCGGAUGCAGGGCAAAGAGAACUUCCUGUUUAUCACCUACGAGGAGCUGCAGCAGGAUCUCCAUGGCUCCGUGCAGCGCAUCUGCCAGUUCCUGGGCCGGCCGCUGGACAGUGAGGCUCUGAGCUCCGUCGUGGUGCACUCGGCCUUCAGUGCCAUGAAGGCCAAUGCGAUGUCCAACUUCACACUGCUGCCCCCCAGCCUGCUGGACCAGCGCCGCGGUGCCUUCCUCCGGAAAGGGGUGUGCGGUGACUGGAAGAACCACUUCACGGUGGCGCAGAGCGAAGCCUUCGACCGUGUCUACCGGGAGCAGAUGCGGGGGCUGCCGACCUUCCCCUGGGACGUGGCCCCCGAGGACUCCAGCCCCGACUCCGACCCCAGCCCCAGCCCCAGCCCCAGCCCAGGCCAGGCCUCCGAGCCCCCCAACCCGUGACCCUGGCAAUAAACACGUCACUCCUG